GACAGUUUUCAGUUGGGGAGGAGUCUCAUGGUGUGGGCACGGACAGACUAAAGGACAAACAGAACAGACAAGAGGUGUAGAAGUUGGAAACACAUAAUAUAAGGGCCUGAUCGUACAUUUUGGAAACAGAAAUAUAUGGCCAUGUCUUCCACUGCCAUGGUGGCUCGCCGGGUCCUUGCUGCUGCAUCACAAGGGAGCCAUGAAGGGGGAGCAAAGACCUGGAAGAUCCUGUCCUUUGUAUUAGCCCUGCCUGGUGUGGGUGUCUGCAUGGCAAAUGCUUACCUGAAGAUGCAGGCCCAUUCCCACGACCCGCCAGAGUUUGUCGCAUAUCAACACCUGCGGAUCAGGACCAAGCCAUGGCCCUGGGGUGAUGGGAAUCACUCCCUCUUCCACAAUACUCACACGAAUGCUCUGCCCACCGGUUAUGAGGAUUCUCAUCAUCACUGAACCGGACGCCCUCUGCUGUCUGCUUUACACUGAGCUGCCAAUCAACUGAGAUCUCAAUCCACAGUCUCCAUACUGACAAAUGUUUAACACUUAAGAAAAAUAAACAAGUGUUUUUCACUGUAAA